GAAAAUUAUUCGACUUUAUUCUUUUCGAGUUCAUUAGUCUAUGCGAUCUCAUCGAGCGAUCAUGUUGCUGCCGAUGUUCCUCGUCUGGAUCCUGGCAUCCGCGAAUGCUGAAUUGUUUACUAAUAUAACAGAUAAAAUACCGAAACUGAAUCCAUCAGAACGGAUACCACGUAUCCCGGACCUGUUCCUACCUGUGAAGUUCCCUGAGGAUGCACUACUUACCACGAUGGAACUGAUAAGCAAAUACGGAUACGACGGUGAGCUGCAUAGAGUGACCACUUCCGACGGAUAUAUUUUGGAACUACAUCGGAUAAAAGGACGAGCUAAUUCUACCGAUUCAAACGUGCAAAAACCUAUUGCAUUUGUGAUGCACGGCAUUUUUUGCGACUCGUCGAGUUGGGCUAUUUCCGGCCGUGAGAAAAGUUUAGCGUUUAUUCUGGCGGAUGAGGGAUUCGACGUGUGGCUCGGUAACGCGCGUGGUAAUCCAUAUGCUAAUACUCAUGUGUCUGAGAAAAUCUCGAUGAAAGAAUACUGGAACUUCAGCUGGACCGAAAUCGGCACGCGUGAUCUUCCAGCGAUGAUAGAUCGUAUUGUGGAGACGACUGGCCGCAAAAAAAUGUUCUAUCUGGCGCACAGUCAGGGUACCACCGCCUUCUUCGUUAUGGCGACGGAACGACCACAGUAUCAGGAAUAUAUUGAGGAAAUGUACGCUAUGGCUCCGAUCGCUUACUGCGGCAGGAUGAAGAGUCCCCUUUUUCAGCUGCUGGCACAAUUCGUCGAUAGCAUCGACUUAUUCUUCAAUUUAAUCGGCAUGUACAAAUUCAAUCCUACCAACGAUUUCGUAACAGCAGUUGAACAAUUAGUGUGCGCGGAGGACGCUAUCACUCAACCAAUAUGUUCGAAUUCACUGUUCCUGACGACUGGAUUCGACAUUGAACAAUUUGAUCCGGCUCUUCUACCGGUAAUCUUAGGGCAUGUUCCUGUUGAUACAGCCACGAUGCAACUCGCCCACUAUGGGCAACUCAUCAAGUCUGGAAGGCUAAUCUCACCGGGGGAAUUUAGACAAUACGAUCACGGAACAUUUGGAGAUGAAGAUUUAUACGGCACAUUUACUCCACCGAGCUACGAUUUGAGCAAGAUCAAAGUACCGAUCUACUUGUACUACAGUGAAAACGAUUGGUUGGCAAAUGUCAAGGAUGUGGAAAAGUUGUAUAGCGAACUGGGCAAUCCCGCCGGUAAAAUCUUAAUAGCGGAUAAGAAAUUUAAUCACGUGGACUACGUGUGGGCUAAGGAUGUGAAGACGCUCGUGUACGAUCAGAUAAUCAGUCAAAUGAAGAAGUCCUCAGUAUAUAUACGCUGCACAUUCGGGAAGAAAAUCGCGCACAAUACAGUUCGAGCCGAUCUCCUGCAGCAACGAUCUCGUCGCGCGACAUCAACGAUGCCGAUUCUUUUGCUCUUGAUCCUGGCAUCCGCCAGCGCGAUGCCGUAUUCCUCGAUGGACCAGUUGCCGGAUGUCCCGUCGAUAGACAAGAUACCGAUGAUCAAGGAAUUCGAAGAUCCGGAAUUUCUGAUAGCCACACAGGCAGAUACGUCGCUUAGCAUUUUGCAAUUAGUGAGCAAGUUCGGUUACCAUGGGGAGCUGCACGAGGUGCUCACUUCGGACGGUUAUAUCUUGGAAAUGCAUCGGAUAACAGGGCGUACUAAUUAUUUCAAUAAUUCGCAAGUGCAAAAACCCGUGGCAUUCGUGAUGCACGGCCUUCUGUGUAGUUCGGCUUGUUGGGUCGUUCCUGGGCCGCAGAAAAGCUUAGCAUUGAUUCUGGCGGACGCGGGUUACGAUGUGUGGCUCGGUAAUACACGUGGCAAUGUAUAUGGACGCAAGCACCUGCUCCCGGAUAUUCGGAGAGAACUUUUCUGGGAUUUCAGUUGGCACGAAAUCGGGAUGUACGACUUGCCAGCGAUGAUAGACUACAUUUUGAAGAUAACUGGCCGCCAAAAAAUAUUCUAUCUAGGGCAUAGCCAAGGUACGACCUCCUUUUUCGUGAUGUCGUCGGAACGGCCGGAAUAUCAGGAUAAGAUACAGGCGAUGUUCGCGUUGGCACCAGUCGCUUAUUGCGCCAGGAUGGAUAAUCCCAUUAUGCAAUUUAUAUCAAGGUUCAGUGGUCCUUUAGAGGAACUGAUGAAACUAAUCGGCAUGUAUGAUUUCGAGCCUACUAGCGAAGCCCUCAAAAUAUUCGCAAGAAUCGUAUGCGCGGAGGACGCUAUCACGCAACCCUUGUGCUCAAAUAUACUUUUCUUGUUCGGCGGAUUCAACAAAGACCAGUUAAAUACCACUCUUCUACCAUUAAUCCUGGAACACGUUCCAGCUGGCUCAUCAACAAAACAGUUUAUGCAUUAUGCACAACUUGUUAAGACCGGGUUUUUGAUUACACGGGGGAAAUUCAGACAAUACGACUACUCAUGGGCCGGGAAUUUGAUUAGAUACGGUACGUUCAGUCCUCCGGAAUAUAAUUUGAGAAAGAUCAAAGUGCCAGUUUCAUUACAUUACAGCACCAAUGAUUGGUUGGCGAAUGUCAAAGACGUCGACGAAUUAUACAAGGAACUUGGCAAUCCGAUUGGAAAAUUCCGCGUGCCGCUUGAGAAAUUUAGUCAUCUCGAUUUCAUGUGGGCUAAAGACGCCAAAGAUCUGUUGUUUGACAAGAUAUUAAGUCUGAUGACGAAUUUCCAAGAUUAAUCUACUAAAGUUCAUCGAACUUUUAAAACUUUUUGUAGAGACAAAAAAUUGUACGAAAAGUCAAUUCUAUUUAUCGGAGAAAUUUUAAGAUAAUUAUCUUUGAAUCAAUACUUGCGUUUGACACAACUAUUAUCAAUCUAUUAAAAAGAACUUUAUUUAAUCACGAAUUUCGUGGUAAUCCUCGAAAUAUUGUUUGUGCUCUAAUAAAAUAAGAAAUUCGUAAUAACGGACUUAAGAAUGAAUGGGAUAUUAAUAAUUUUUCCACUCGCACUGCACUGGAAAAAUUUCUUUAAAUUAGUGAUAUAAUUAACAUUGUAAUUUAUUAUAAAUCUAUAGAUUCAACUAUAGACAUAGUGGUUAUAAUAAAUAAGUAAAAUAAGUC